GUUGCUUUUGAGUGAAUGGUUUUAAUUAAAUUCGAUUUAACUCGGGCAAAAGGCAAACGAAGAGGAUUUGCUUACAGGGUCAGACUCAGACGUAUCCACUUUCCAUUCCGGUCACUGCUCUUGUCCGAGGAGCGAGCUUCUUGCUCGACAAUGGCCGCUUCUCCGACCACUCCGCUCGCCUUUCUCUGUGCUCCCGUUUCUCCUGCAACAAAGCUCGUCUCUUCUUCGUCCCUCUUUCUUCCCCGAAACCCGGAGCCCAAGUUCUCGACCGUCAUCGCUCGCCCAAUUCAAUCUCCUCUCUCCACGCCCAGUCACGAGCCACCGCGAGCCCUCGUUAGCUUCUCCCCCGUGACGGACGAGGAAGCCGACCCGGAAUCAGCCCCUCCCACACUGAGAAGAAUUUGUAGCGGCCACGUCCCCGAGCAUAUCCUGCGCAGGAUGGAGGAAGUUGGGUACGUAUUAGCGACUGAUGUUCAGAGAGAAGCAUUGCCUGCCCUUUUCUCUGGGAGAGACUGCGUGCUUCAUGCUCAGACAGGUUCCGGGAAGACGCUGACGUACCUUCUGCGGAUAUUUUCAGUUAUGAACACCCAACGGUCUUCUGUACAAGCAUUAAUAGUCGUCCCCACCCGAGAACUUGGCAUUCAGGUAGCCAAAGUUGCUCGGCUGUUGGCUGCAAAGCCGAUGGAUCUUGAAAUGAAGCAGAAUAAACCAUGUACUGUUAUGGCUCUUCUAGAUGGAGGUACAUUGAAAAGACACAAGAGUUGGUUAAAGGCAGAACCCCCAGCAAUACUAGUGGCAACCAUCCGGAGUUUGUGCCAGAUGCUGGAGAAGCAAGUUUUUAAACUUGACACGGUGCAGAUUCUAGUGAUUGACGAGGUGGAUUUCAUGUUCAACUCUUCCAAGCAAGUCAGCUCUCUCCGGAAGCUGUUGAUGUCGUACUCAUCAUGCAACAGCCGUCAAACUGUUUUUGCUAGUGCAUCCAUACCUCAGCAUAAGCGAUUUUUACAUGAUUGUAUACAACAGAAGUGGACUAAGACUGACGUGGUUCACAUCCAUGUCAAUCCAAUAGAGCCUAUGCCAUCAUGUCUAAAUCAUAGAUUUGUGACGUGUCAUAGGCAUAGGAGACAUCAGACCUUGCUAUACUUGUUACAGUGGGACCGCCCCGAUUCUGCAAUUAUAUUUGUUGGCGAGCAGUCUGAGAAGUCAAAAAAGGCUGGAAAUGCACCGCCAACAACUCUUCUACUUGAAUUCUUGAAGAAUUCUUAUGGAAGUUGCUCUAAUAUUCUCCUUCUAGAAGAAGACAUGAAUUUUAAUGCCCGAGCAGCUUCACUCUCGGAAGUGAGACAAAAAGAAGGUUAUCUUAUCGUAGCAACUGAUAUCGCGGCCAGAGGUAUCGACCUGCCUGAAACAACUCAUAUUUACAACUUCGAUCUUCCGAGGAGUGCCGUAGAUUACCUUCAUCGAGCUGGAAGGACAGGUAGGAAGCCAUUCUCGAACAAGAACUGCAUUGUCACCAGCAUUAUAGCAUCUGAAGAGAGGUUUGUACUGAAGAGGUAUGAGAAUGAGCUGAUGUUUGACUGUGAAGAGCUCGACUUGUCACUUUGAUGCUCUUCUUGGCAUUGUUUGGGACAGUCUUUUUUUUUUCCUUUUUGCUUUUUGCCUUUCUGGCUCAUGUCUUGUACAGGAAACCUAUGGUUACAGAAAUUAUUGUAAAUCUUAAUACGAAUCCGAACUUAUUUAGAGUUGAAA